CAUUUUCUGACCUUGCAGAAGCAGCUGUAGAAAACCAAAGGGAGGGAUGAGGGAUAAGAACCCAAUCAGAAUGGUCAGUGGUGCUGGAGCAGCUAAGAUCAGAUGCUUAAAGGUUUCCUAUUGGGAGUGGUUCCCAGCAAACUGAAAGGAUUCAUGCACAGAGGAGAGACUGAAGUUUAAGGUUCACCCAGGCAAGAAUCAGCUGUCCUGCUUACUGGAACACCCGACUUGGAAAUGACAAUAUGCUGAACUGGGGGCAAAGUCCUGCAAUAAAUAACCGUGCUUCAGCUAUUUCCUCCUUUGUGCAGCAGACAAGUGGCACUCAGCAAGGGAAGCUUUCCCGGCACCAAUGCCAGUUUCACCUUCCCUUUCCUUCUUACUCCCAAGCUUAUGAAAAACGGGGAACUAAGCUGCUGAAGCCAUACAGUGAAGAUUUCUUCAGGAGAGGUUACAUACAGUGAUCUGAGACAUAAUGGUCAUUUUCAGAAAGGGUGACCAUGUGUGGCUGGAAGCUCAGCCAAACAGUGAAUUCAAUGUCCCUAUCGGGGCAGUUGUGAAGGACUCUGACUCAGGACGGAUCCUGCUGGAGGACGAUGAAGGCAAGGAGCACUGGAUCACAGCUCGGAACAUGCACAUGGUUCGCCCAAUGGACCCAUCCACAGCCCAAGGGGUGGAAGACAUGAUCCGCCUUGGGGAUCUCCAUGAAGCAGGCAUGGUGCAUAACCUCCUCAUCCGCCACCAGCAGCACAAAAUCUAUACUUACACGGGAUCUAUCUUGGUAGCAGUGAAUCCAUACCAGCUGCUGCCUCUCUACACAGUCGACCUUAUCAGGCUGUACUGCAACAAGAGGAUCGGAGAGCUGCCACCUCAUGUCUUUGCCAUUGCAGACAACUGUUACUUCAAUAUGAAGAGGAAUAAGAGAGAUCAGUGCUGUGUGAUCAGUGGAGAAUCUGGAGCUGGGAAAACUGAAAGCACUAAGCUAAUACUGCAGUUUUUGGCAGCUGUCAGCGGCCAGCAUUCCUGGAUAGAGCAGCAAAUCCUAGAGGCCAACCCCAUUCUGGAAGCUUUUGGAAAUGCCAAGACAAUUCGAAAUGACAAUUCAAGCCGCUUUGGGAAAUACAUUGAUAUCUACUUUAACCACAGUGGUGUGAUAGAAGGAGCCCGGAUAGAACAGUUCCUUCUGGAAAAGUCCCGAGUUUGCCGACAGGCUCCAGAGGAGAGGAACUACCACAUCUUCUAUUGCAUGCUGAUGGGGAUGAAUCUGGAGCAAAAAAAGAUGCUGAAUCUGGGCACUGCCUCAGAGUACACUUAUCUCACUAUGGGCAACUGCACGUCCUGUGACAGCAGGAAUGACGCGAAGGAGUACGCCCACAUCCGCUCGGCGAUGAAGAUCCUCAUGUUCUCAGACUCUGAGCACUGGGACAUCAGCAAACUGCUGGCUGCUAUCCUGCAUCUGGGCAAUGUGGAGUUUGAAGCGGCUGUGUAUGACAACUUAGACUGCUCUGACGUGAUGGAUUCACCACACUUUUCAAUUGCAACCAAACUGCUUGAGGUGGACUACAGUGAACUUCAGAACAGCCUCACAAACCUCUCUAUCAUUGUUCGAGGAGAAAGUGUGUCCAGGCCCCUGAAUGUAGCCCAAGCUGCAGAUGGGAGGGAUGCCUUUGUGAAGGGUAUAUAUGGACGGAUUUUCCUAUGGAUAGUGAACAAGAUCAACUCAGCCAUUUUUAACCCAACAUCUCAGAAGCCUAAAAAUACACGUCAGUCCAUUGGGUUGUUGGAUAUUUUUGGGUUUGAAAACUUUAGCAACAACAGCUUUGAGCAGCUCUGCAUUAACAUUGCAAAUGAACACCUUCAGCAGUUUUUUGUGCACCAUGUCUUCAAGCUAGAGCAAGAGGAAUACCUUGCAGAGCACAUUACCUGGAAUAACAUUGACUUCACUGACAACCGCCAGGCUCUGGAAGUCAUUGCACUCAAGCCCAUGAACAUCAUCUCCCUCAUUGAUGAGGAGAGCAGGUUCCCAAAGGGCACAGAUGCCACCAUGCUUAUCAAAAUCAAUUCUCUCCAUGGAAAAAGUAGAAUCUAUAUCCCACCUAAGAGUGACCAUGACACCAAGUUUGGAAUUAACCACUUUGCUGGGGCUGUCUUUUAUGAAUCAAAAGAUUUCUUAGAGAAAAACAGGGACACGCUGAGUGCUAAUGUAAUGCAAGUGGUUCAUUCCUCCAAAAACAAAUUCCUGAAGGAGAUUUUCCAGGUGGAAACAACCCCAAUUAGUCUGGGACGUGGGACCAUCCGGCAUCUUGGAAAUGACCAGGCCUACAAGUCUCUAGCCCAAUGUGGCUUUUUGCUGUCCAGAACAUCUGGCUACGGACAGGGCCUGGAUACCACCAAGCGGCUCUCUACUCUGGGGGGACAGUUCAAGCAGUCCCUGGAAAAGCUAAUGAAAAUUCUUGGUCAGUGCCAGCCGUACUUCAUCCGCUGCAUCAAACCCAACGACUACAAGAAGCCACUGCUGUUUGACCGGGAGCUGUGUAUCAAACAGCUGCGAUACUCAGGGAUGAUGGAGACCAUUCGGAUCAGGAAAGCAGGCUACCCAGUUCGCUACACCUUUGAGGAGUUCUUUGACAGAUACAGAGUCCUCCUGCCACAGUCUGCGCUAGCACCGGUGAAGAAUGAUGCUCGACAGUGCUGUAUCAGAAUAUCCGAAGCAGUGCUGGGCAAAGACGAAAGCUGGCAGGCUGGAAAGACCAAGAUUUUCCUUAAAGAUUAUCACGAUACAGUAUUGGAGCUGGAACGACAGAAGAUACUCACAGAUAAGGUUCUUCUUAUCCAGAAGGUGAUGAGAGGAUUCAAAGACAGGAAGCAGUUUUUGAAACAGAGGAAAUCUGCCAUAGCUAUCCAGGCAGCUUGGCGAGGCUACUGCUGCCGGAAGGAUUUCAGAACGGUUAUGCUGGGCUUUGGCCGCCUCCAGGCCCUCUACCGGAGCCGUCAGCUUGCUAAGCAGUAUGAAACAACCCGAGUGCACAUCAUCAGGUUCCAAGCUGCAUGCCGUGGUUAUCUAAUACGUCAAAAGAACAAGGUCAAGCUGGAGGCAAGGAAUAUCCGCUUGGAAGAAGAGAAACGUCUCAUUAGUGUCCUGGGCCCAGUGAAAGCAAUGGAAGAAGCAAUGAGGUUAGAAAAGGAACAUCUAGCUACUCUGGAAGAAGAGGAGGAGGAAGGACUAAGGAUGAAUGAUGAUUAUGUCGACAGACACGCUAAUUAUGAUGUUAUCAGCGACCAGGAGAUGGUGGACAAAAUUUUUGGGUUUUUACCUUCUAUGAUUGGAGGCCAAGAAGGACAGGCUCCUCUGGGCUUUGAGGAUUUGGAAACAAAGCCCAGCAAGCUGGAAGAGGUGGAUCUGGACAUGAUUCCUAUGAGCAUGGAGCUAGAAGAGGAAGCAGAUGGCUUGGAAGACUACACCUUCCCAAAGUUUGCAGCUACUUAUUUCCAGGGGUCAUCUACACAUACACACAUCCGGAAACCACUGCGGCACCCAUUACUCUACCAUGACGACAAGGACAACGUCCUGGCUUCUCUAGUUGUGUGGGUUAUCAUCCUGAGAUUCAUGGGGGACCUUCCAGAGCCAACAAUGUUUGCCAAGAACGCCACCAAGAGUGGUUCCGUGAUGACACAGAUAUAUGACACACUUGGCAGAAAAAACCAAGUCCAGUUCAAGAACAACAGCCCAGAUAUGAGAGAAAGCAAAAAGGAUAACAAGAUUUCCAAGGGCAUCUCUUCCCUGAAGCUGAAACGGUCCUCCAAGUUGACAGGGAAGGUGACAGACCAGCUGAAAAGUGGAGAAGAGGGUUUCCAGGAGGACAGCUCGAUCUCUGAGAGACCCAUGUCCAACCUAGAGAAAGUGCACUUUAUCAUUGGCAAUGCAAUUCUGCGCCCUGCCAUCAGAGAUGAGAUUUAUUGCCAGAUUUGCAAACAACUCACUGAAAACAGCAGCAGGAGCAGCUAUGCUCGAGGCUGGAUACUUCUGUCACUCUGCCUUGGCUGUUUUCCCCCUUCAGACACAUUUGUGAAGUACCUACUGAAUUUCAUCCACAACGGACCCUCAGGCUAUGCACCAUAUUGUGCUGAACGUCUGAGACGUACCUAUGUCAAUGGAGCAAGGACUGAACCUCCAAGCUGGCUGGAACUUCAGGCAACAAAGCAGAAGAAACCCAUUAUGUUCAAUGUCACCCUGAUGAAUGGCCAGAGCAUCACUGUCCCUGCAGACUCUGCUUCGAUCGCCAAAGAGAUCUGUCAGUUCAUAGCAGAUAAAACCAAACUGAAGGAUAUCUUUGGUUUUUCACUCUACAUUGCCGUGUUUGAUAAGGUGUGGUCAUUGGGUGGAGGACGGGAUCAUGUCCUAGAUGCCAUCUCUCAGUGUGAGCAGCUGGUGAAGGAGCGAGGCACACAUGAACGCCAUGCGCCCUGGAGACUUUACUUUCGGAAGGAAAUUUUCACCCCAUGGCACAACUCCCAGGAGGAUCCCGUCAGCACUGACCUCAUUUACCACCAGGUCAUUCGAGGGAUCCGGUUUGGAGAAUACCGCUGUGAGAAGGACGAGGACUUGGUGGAGAUAGGUGCCAAGUAUUGUUACAUCCAGUUUGGAGAUACCAUCCACAAUGAACUUGUGCAGAAAGUGCUCCAUGACUGCAUCCCAGUGAAACAGCUGAAGUCCAAGCCCCUGGAAAAGUGGGUGAGCCUUAUCACCUAUGCGCAUGCUAAGGCCCCAUACACACAGGAUCGUCUCUCCCGUCAGGCUGUGAAGGAACAACUUGUAGAUUUUGCUCGCUUUCAGUGGCCUUUGCUUUUCUCCAGAUUCUUUGAAGUCACUAAGUUUUCAGGUCCCAGCUUGCCCAAGAACCACUUUAUACUUGCUGUAAAUUGGAAGGGUAUCUGCUUCUUGGAUGAGUCAGAAAAGCGGCUCCUGGAGCUGACCUUCCCAGAGAUAACAGGCAUCCAUACAAACAGGGCAGUGAAAUCAUUUGGACAGAGUUGCACUCUCAUCACCCUUCGUGCUGAAGAGUUUGUCCUGACAUCUGUGAACAGCAUUGUCAUCGCUGAGCUGGUGGUGAUGUUCCUGGAGGGGCUCAAGAAGAGAUCACGAUUUGCUGUGGCAAUGCAUGAGAAAAAAUCCCAAGAAGAUCCUGCCAUCCUGUCCUUCAAGAAGGGAGACUUGCUAAUCUUGACCGAGGAUAAAAGGCUGGAUGCAAAUUCUGGCUGGAUCCAUGCCCAGAAUGACAGGACAGGCAAAACGGGGAAUGUAUUUCUGGAGGAGAUGUACAUCAUUCCUUCUCUUACAAAGCCCUCCAGUCAAGUACUGAGUUUGCUGAUGAUGUCCCCAGACCAGAGGAGGACAGCAUCGCAGAACUCUUACACAGAGGAACCUGAUGAAGAGGAUCUCAAAGUGAAGCCUUACACACUGGAGGAGUUCUCCUAUGAACACUUCAGAACUCCUGAGAAGGAAUCCAUCAGCAAAGCUGUUCUCCAGAAAUCCCGUGGGCACAGCCAGCUGUGGGCACACUCUAAGGAUCCCUUAAAACAGCCCUUGCUGAAGGCAGCCUGCACAGACCCUGAUGUUCGGGACGUGGCUUGUCAGGCCUUCAUUGCCAUCAUGAAAUUCAUGGGGGACUACCCCUCAAAGCAGACACACUCCUCCGUGGAAGUCACUGACCAGAUAUUUGUGGCAGCUAUCAAGGAAGAGGUCCUGCGGGAUGAAAUUUACUGUCAGAUCAUGAAGCAACUGACUGAAAACAGGAACAGGUACAGCGUGACCAAGGGCUGGCAGCUCUUGUGGCUCUGCACUGGCCUGUUCCCUCCCAGCAAAUCACUGCUGAAACAUGCCCAGAAGUUCAUAGAGACACGUCAGAAAGAGCCACUGGCCUCGGAGUGCAAGCGGAGGAUUCAGACAGUGAUGAGGAGUGGCUCCAGGAAGUGGGCACCUCAUCCUGUGGAGGUUGAGGCCAUCUUACAGAACAACACUAAGGUCUCACACAAGAUUUGCUUCCCCAAUGAAACAGAGCAGACAUUUGAUGUGGGAACAAACACCAAGAACAGGACUCUGUGUCAGAACAUCGCUUCCAAACUGCAGCUGAGCUCUUGGGAAGGUUUCAGCCUCUUUGUCAAGAUUGCAGACAAGGUGAUCAGUCAGAAUGAAGCAGAUUAUUUCUUUGACUCACUGAGGCAGGUGACAGAUUGGACCAAGAGGAACAAACCAGCAAAAGACGGUGCUACCAUGUCUGUAGCUUAUGAAGUGUACUUCAUGAGAAAGCUGUGGUUGAAUGUAACUCCUGGGAAGGACCUGAAAGCUGAUUCCAUUUUUCAUUACCACCAGGAGCUGCCCAAGUACCUCAGAGGCUACCACAACUGCUCCAGAGAUGAAGCUGUCCAGCUGGCAGGGCUCAUUUAUAAAGUGCGCUUCAACAACGAUCGCACACAGCUGGCAACCAUCCCCAAGAUCCUGAAGGAGCUGGUGCCAGACAAUCUGCUUCGAGUGACCUCACCAGAUGAGUGGAAGAAGAGCAUUACUGCAGCAUACAGCAAACAUGAAGGAAAAACUGUGGAUGAGGCCAAGAUUGCCUUCUUGAAAAUCAUAUACCGGUGGCCAACGUUUGGAUCAGCCUUCUUUGAGGUGAAGCAAACCUCUGAGCCAAAUUUCCCAGAGAUUGUGCUGAUUGCAAUCAACAAGCAGGGAGUCUCACUGAUACAUCAGAAGACAAAGGAAAUUUUAACCAUUUAUCCCUUUAAUAAAAUCUCCAAUUGGAGCAGUGGGAGUACAUUCUUUCACAUGACGAUAGGGAACCUGGUACGAGGAAGCCGGAUCUUAUGUGAGACAUCUCUGGGUUACAAAAUGGAUGACCUGCUGACAUCCUAUGUACACCUGCUGAUGAAUGCAGUUAACAAGCAAAAGAGCCUCCCAGCUUGAAAGCAGAAAUAGAAUCCAUGACCUGCACUGGUGCCAAAUACCCAUCAUUGCAUCUCCCAGAAGAAAAAAGAUUUAAAAAUAUUAACGUGGCUGAUCAGUUUUCUGGUCACACACACAAUGAACUGUGCUGCUGAAAUACUAACACAAGUUCAAGUGAGCAUGUGCUUGCAAGUAUCUUUAGCAUUCAUCUUCCCUAGGUGUAGUAAUAGAACUCAAUUCAGAUUUUGAAGUUUGAGGAAGUGUAGCUGUUUUUAACCUAGUAAGAGAGGAACACCCAAACCCUAACACAGGAGCCACUCCUGGUACUCAGGAUCUCCUCUAUUCUUAAAUACAGAUACAUAACAGAGUUCUUUUUUCCCUUCUGGAGAGAAAAUCCUGCCUUGUUUCUUAAGCUUUUACCAAAUGCACAAUUUGCAGUGGAGGUAAUAUUACUUCUUCCUAGUGGAAAUUCUGGAGGUGAAGAAAUACCCCGUAGUAGUAGUGUAAUGGGACACCUGGAAAGGUAAGAUGAAGGUUUUCAUCCUUUUAUCACUAGGUUAUGUACAGAAAUUACAGUAGACUAUGAUAGCCACUGUUACUAUAUAAAUGUCACUCCUAUGUGAGGCUGUUAGUGGGCUGGCCACUGGCUUACCUCUGCCUUUGCUAAAUUAAAUGGUUUUCUUCCUUCCAUGAUUCAUAAAACACUCAGAAUCUAACAGCUGCUUCCUACUAGACAGUUUCUAGGAGGCCUCGACAAACUCUGAAAUGGGUCUGGGUCUUGGGCCCAUUACUCAGUUGCUCCUAUUUCAAGUUACAGAUGUGCUAUUCAGUGCAAAUCUGAACUGAAAAAGUCAGUCUAACAGACAUCUGUUGAAAAGAGAUGUAUUUCUGCUCUGUAGAAAUGUCCUCAGCUCGGAGCUAUGUAGACACUCAUUCACGAGACAAGAAGAAUAGCAAAGAUCUUCAGCUAUGAAAGCUAUUUCCUGUUUUAAGUGCUGAGUUUGAUUCCGUGCUUGUUCAUGUCACAGACCUCUGUCAACACACAACUUGGGGCUGUCAGGAAGCAGAGCACGUAUGCCCUGUGGUGGCAGUGAGCCCAGAUACUUGCCCCACUAGAGAAUGUGCACUGCUUCCCCAGCAACAGGCUCUCCUUUGCUCACAGUGAAACGUGGACAUGUCUUAAAGCAUUGCACCAAGUUCCUUGAGACUCGACCCUGCGGUGCUGGAGAAGCAGCUCUGCUGGAUCUCUCACCAAUUUGCCAACAUGUGCACAACGGAUCCCUUGUUCCCUCAGCUGUGUGUGUGUGCAACUCCAAUGCUAAUGGGAAUCCUGUACAUGCGUAGCAGGGAAGAGCCCCCCUCUCUUUGUGCAUGUAAAUGAGUGCCACACUUGUUAGAACAGCGGAUGGUUUGGUAAGCAGGUAGAUGUUCCUGCUGUCAUGUCCAUUGCCGGCAAUGGAAACUUUUGAGACUAAAGACAUUGGAGUUGUUUUGUCAUCCUAGUCUGAUCUGACCGACUGUGAGUGAGAAGCAUCCAAUACUUUACUGUGAGAAAAAGAAAUGUUGCAUCCAAAACAUAUUGUUUCUGGUUUUUAAAUAAACCCUGCAGAAAAUCAAUCACAA